GAUAUUAUAUAUGAAUAUGAGGCGUAUUUAUUUAUACUAAGAAAUAAGUUAUUGUUUGUGUGACACAGUUUUCUAACAUUAGUUUGUUAGCAUAGGACAACACAAAUCUGUGUUGACUCACUCUCUUCUUCCCUCAACACAUCAUUAUUAAGAGAGAGAGGGUGUGUGUGAUCUUGCAAGUUCUGUUCCGGCAACACCAACAAGGCAUGGCAAUUUCAGGGUCAGAGACUCAGAGUUCGUCCUCACUGAAAAUUGUGUCUCAGGUGGAAGUGGAGUGCGUGAAAUGCGACUCGUGCGGGUUCACAGAGGAAUGCACCCCUGCGUACAUCUCGAGGGUGCGUCAGAGGUACCAGGGUCGGUGGCUCUGUGGGCUGUGUGUGGAGGCUGUGAAACACGAGGUGGUAAGAUCAGAAAGUGUCAUCACCACCGAAGAAGCCCUGGACCGCCACAUCACUUUCUGUAGAGAGUUCCGAUCAUCCACCGUUCUCAACGAAACUGAGCACCCCAUCUUCGCCAUGGGACGCCUCCUCCGCCGGAGCCUCGAUUCUCCCAAGCCGCUCCGAUCGAACUCUACGGGAGCUCUCGGGGUUAAAACCCUGCAAUUGAUUCGAUCCGAGAGUUGCUUCUCUUCAAUCUCCGGCUAAAAGGAGAUCUGCUUUAAGGAAAUAAAGCUGAAAAGUCUUGCAACUGCUGAAUUUGAAUCAGAACAGAAGAAAAAGACAGCGCAAAGUUGCGAUUAUGAUGGCUGGCUCAAGGCUCAAGCAGUCCUGAAAAGGAACCAUUUUUUUCUUUCAUUGGCUAUAGCUGUAUGCUUAAAGAAUAUGAGAAUCUUCAACCUUUUCCAAGCUAAUAAUUCCAGGUGUGCUUAGCUGUUUGUGUCAAUUGGCAGCAUGGCCAUUCAACAGUGAUGCCUCCAUUUUGAUGAUGAUAAUAAUAAUAAUAAUAAAAAGAAAAAAGAAAUUAAGGAAAGUUGUUUAAUCGGGGGCAUUUUGCAUGAGAGAUAUUUACAGAGGAGGAAGGUGCAGGGAAAUUUCCCUACAGUGAAAGAGCCAUCACUUUUGUUGGAAAAGUUUAGCAUUUCCAAGCUACAAAAAGUUUAGAUUAGAAUUUGCGUCACAGAAAAAAUGCACUGGACUGGAGUGGAGUGAAACUGCACAAAGUUGCACAUCUUUCAUCUUUUGUUCCUUUUCUUGUGUUUCUAUCUGAAUGCCUUGUGAUGCAUUGCCUUUUUCAUACCCGAAUUGCAUUGCUUUGCAAUUCAUGCAUUCAGGGGUGUAACAUUUUGUAACUUUUACAGUGCCAUCAUCCACUUGAAACCUUUGCCAUUAGUAUUUUUAUCAGAGCACACCAUUCUCAAAGAACAUCAUGGUUGUGUUGUGUCUGAUGUGAAUCUUCGGGGUGCAUCUUCUCCAGGAGUUUUCUGCAAAUUGUAACAUCAUAUACACCGAAACCGACAAAGAUCAUAAUGGGGUCAGUGUACACAUCCAACAAAUCGGAAUAUUAUUAAU